CUGAUGCUGGCCCUAAAAGAAAUCCGGGCUCGGAGGAGUGAUGUGACAGGUGCCUGCGCGCAGCGUCUCCUGAUGUAAACAGCGGCCUCCAGGUCAGGCGCUGCUCCUGCCCUCUUUUCGCUCCGGUCUUCUUCCCUCCCUCCUCCAGACUCCGCCUUCCCCGCCGCCGUCCGCGCAGGCGCAGUGCAGGGACCGUCGGAGAGCCCAGCGAGCCGGAGCAAGGGAGCGCCGGGGCCAAGAAGGAGCCGGGCUGGGGCUGGGGAGCCCGCAGGCCCCCGUCCAGGUAUCGGCCAUGGGUAAAUCCUUUUCUCACUUACCUUUGCAUUCCUGUAAAGACGAUGGUUAUGAUGGAAUGCCAUCUUCUGAUCACAUGAAGAACGGCUUAAUUCACUCCGAAAGCCAUAAUGAAGAUGGGCGAAAUGGAGAUGUCUCUCAGUUUCCCUAUGUGGAAUUCACAGGAAGAGACAGCGUCACCUGCCCGACUUGUCAGGGGACAGGCAGGAUUCCCCGGGGCCAGGAAAAUCAGCUUGUGGCAUUGAUUCCCUAUAGUGAUCAGAGACUAAGGCCAAGAAGAACAAAGCUCUACGUGAUGGCAUCUGUCUUUAUGUGUCUGCUCCUUUCUGGCCUGGCCGUUUUCUUUCUGUUUCCUCGAUCCAUUGAUGUGAAGUAUGUUGGGGUGAAGUCAGCGUAUGUCAGUCAUGAUGACACGAAGCGUGUGAUCUACUUAAAUAUUACGAACACACUGAAUAUAACAAACAACAACUAUUAUUCUGUGGAAGUUGCAAACAUCACAGCACAAGUCCAGUUUUCAAAAACUGUUAUUGGAAAGGCGCGAUUAAAUAAUAUCACCAGUAUUGGGCCACUGGAUAUGAAACAGAUUGAUUACACAGUCCCUACGACGAUAGUAGAUGAAUUGAGUUAUAUGUAUGAUUUCUGCAGGCUGCAGUCCAUCAAGGUCCACAACAUCGUGGUCAUGAUGCAGGUGACAGUGACAACCUCUUACUUGGGGCACUCGGAGCAAGUCUCCCAAGAACGGUACCAGUAUGUCGACUGUGGCAGAAACACGACCUAUCACCUGGGCCAGUCAGAGUAUCUGAACGUGCUGCAGCCGCCCCAGUAGGUGCUGCCAGGAUGCGGCUGAGAGAGCUGUGCCGGCCGCACAGCCCCGCCGGCGCGCCCGCCGGCGC